ACAGGAGGCAGGUGGGCGGGCUGGAGGCAGCCGGGGAGCCCGCCCAGAGAGCUGAGGGCUGCAGUCGGGCUGGAGCCGAGAUGGGUGUCAAAGCAGGACCCCCAGAGGUGCCGAGCCCCCCGCGGAGAGUGUUGCUGGCCCCCAGCCCACGGAGCAGAGAGCUGGGCAUGUUGCAGGACCUGGGGACACUGGCAGUGCUGUGGCUCAGUGGCGUGGCUCUCAUCUACCUCCUGUGGCAAGUGCCCCAUCUGCCCGCCUGGGGCCAGGGGCAGUCUGCCGGGUCCCCGGCCCGCGGCCCCCGCCCAGCCUGGGAGCCCCUGGGAGGGGGGCGCGGGGGGCCAGACUCCUGCCGGCUGCUCCUCGUGGAGAGCAUCCCCCAGGACCUGCCCUAUGCGGCCGGCAGCCCGUCCGCCCAGCCCCUGGCCCAGGCCUGGCAGCAGCUGCUGGACGCCGCCCAGGAGAGCGUGCACGUCGCCUCCUACUACUGGUCCCUGACGGGCCCCGACAUCGGGGCCAACGACACCUCGGCCCAGCUGGGCGAGGCCCUCCUGCGGAAGCUGCAGCAGGUCCUGGACCGGAAUGUCUCCCUGGCGGUGGCCACCAGCCACCCGACGCUGGCCAGGAACUCCACCGACCUCAAGGCCUUGGCAGACCGAGGUGCCCAGGUGCGCCGGGUGCCCAUGGGGCGGCUCACCGGCGGCGUCCUGCACUCCAAGUUCUGGGUCGUGGACGGGCUUCACGUCUACCUGGGCAGCGCCAACAUGGACUGGCGGUCCCUGACCCAGGUGAAGGAGCUCGGUGCGGUCAUCUACAAUUGCAGCCGCCUGGCCCGGGACCUGGAGAAGACCUUCCAGACCUACUGGGUGCUGGGGGCGCCCAGAGCUGUGCUGCCCAAGCACUGGCCUGGGAACUUCUCGACCCACAUCAACCGCUUCCAGCCCCUCUGCACCCGGUUUGACGGGGUGCACACCACAGCCUACUUCUCGGCGUCGCCACCUGCGCUCUGCCCGCACGGCCGCACCCGGGACCUGGACGCGCUGCUGGCCGUGAUGCGGGGCGCCCGGCGGUUCCUGUACGUCUCGGUGAUGGACUACUUUCCCACCACCCGCUUCACCCGCCCCGCCAGGUACUGGCCGGUGCUGGACGACGCGCUGCGGGAGGCGGCCUUUGGCAGGGGCGUGCGUGUGCGCCUGCUCGUCAGCUGCUGGCUGCACACGGACCCCAGGAUGUUCCCCUACCUGCGGUCCCUGCAGGCCCUCAGCGACCCCGCGGCCGGCAUCUCCCUGGACGUGAAAGUCUUCAUCGUGCCCGUGGGGAACCACUCCAACAUCCCGUUCAGCAGGGUGAACCACAGCAAGUUCAUGGUCACAGAAAGGGCAGCCUACAUCGGCACCUCCAACUGGUCGGAAGAUUACUUCAGCAGCACCUCGGGCGUGGGGCUGGUGGUCAGCCAGAGGGCCCCGGCCGGCGAGCCCGGGCGAGGCACCGUGCAGGAGCAGCUGCGGCAGCUGUUCGAGCGAGAUUGGAACUCCCCCUACGCCGUGGGCCUGGACGGACAGGCGCCGGGCCAGGACUGCGCGUGGCAGGACUGAGGCCCCCCUCCCACCCCCAACCCCGUCCCUGGUGGGCACUGCUCCCCUCCAGGCCCCCCACCCUGGCCCCCCGUCCAGGCUCCAGGCAGCUCCUCCCGCACAAGUCAUGGUCAGGGUCAAGACUGCCCCGGCCCAGGGCAGCAGAGCGAACUGUUCGCUGUCCCCUGCUCUCCAGAUACAGCCCCUCAACGCCCCCCCGCCCCGCACCAAGGGAGCCCCCCAGGAGGCCUCUGCGCACCUCCCCCUGAACUGCAGUCCCCGCCCACAUGAGGGGCCUUCCAAGCACCCCCGCCCCCCCCCAUCUCUCUCUGUGCGUCCGGCCAGGGCUGGAGUCCACACUGCACUGGAGUCCACGCGGCAGUGGGUGAGGGGGUGCUUGUGGGUCAUGGGGGCCCCUGACUCUCACGGGGCUCAGCCCCUCCAGGGGGCCCUGGGCGGCCCGCAUGCCAGAGCCGUUGGGUGGGGGCAGGAGCACUGGACCGGCCCUGUGCCCAUGGGUGUGUGCUGGUCGGGGUCGAGGAGUGGGGCCCCGGACUGGGGCCGCCGGGCAGCAGCAGAGAGGACCUGGGAUUGAGCGGGGGACGGGAACACAGGGCUGGGGUGGGGCUUGGACGCCGCCCCUGGGAGCCCACCCUCCCCAGGGGCCACCCUGCAGAGCCAGCUCCGAGCUCAGCCCCAGCCCUCAGGCAGCACUUGGGCUGCGAGCCCACCUGGCCUGGGGGUCCCCACGGCUGCCUGAGGCUGUGUGGAGCUGAGGGCUGCCUCAGGGGCUGAGGGUCACAGGACGCUGAGGGAGUAAGCCAGUGGGUGCCAGGGUCCGGCUCUCCCAUGUCCGGGGUGGCCCCCUCCUGGCCCCCGCCCCGGUGCGGUCUGCCCCGGGGUGGGGGGCCCGGUGAGUUGGUGCUGGGCGUCUCAAACACCGGCCUCCUCGUCUGGGACGAGGCUCCCGGGAGCCAGCCUGCCUCCCCGCCCCGACGUGCGAGCGCCCGAGGGGGUCCCGGGGACCCAUGCAGCACCCCGAGGCACCCGGGGCAUCUGGGAGCCAGCCAGCUCGAGAGCCGCACCAGGCCAGCGCCUCCCAUCCCUGUCCCGGAGCAGACGCCCCCGGCGGUCCGCGCGCUCAGCCAGCGCUAGGCCUCCUGUGCGCGCGGGGGGCCUGGUGGUCACACCUUGGUGGCAGCCUCGAGGUCUGCUCCAGAGCAGAGCCCGGUCCACAGGAGACCCGGAGGGAGGAGGACGCAGAGGCCCCGCGGGCCCCUCGGCGGGGCGGCUCCUGGGGCGCGCAAGCCCCGCCCCUCGUGAGCCCCGCCCCUCGGGGGCAGCGAGUGCUGCUGUCCUUGCCUGUGGCUGACUCCGUGCACAGAGGGGGAGGGGACACAGGGAGGUAACAGCGGGGAGUGUCCCCUGCGGGCGGGCUGACGGGCCCCGAGUGCUGCCCGGGUGGGACGUGGAGACUGCGUCCCCCACCCUGCGAGCUCGGAAGCAGCUCCUUCCGCAGUCAGGGCUGGAGAGGGGCCCGCGGCCCGGCUGCUGCCACCUGGGUCACGGCCCGUGGGACCCUGCGGGGGGCGGCUGAGCAAGGCUGGAGCUCCUGACCCGCGGAAUCGGGGUGAUAAACGUGUGUUGUUUAACCGGC